ACGAAUAUUUAAAGACUAUUACACAUCGCACUCUAUAUAAGAAGACUCACCAUACAUAAUUAACCUCCUAUAGCCCUUUAAAUAGCUCCAGAAAAGCAAUUACAGGGGCAGAAGGGUAAUUAGCAUUCUAUCUUUCAGCCACUCCUCUCGACUCUUCGUAGGAGCAGGUCUUGCUGGUUAGCCAUGACCAGCACCACGCUUCAUGGGGUGGAUGUGAGGUUCCCCUUUGAGCCAUAUGAGGUCCAGAAGGCCUACAUGGAAAAAGUCAUUGAGUGUCUUCAGAAUGGAGUCAAUGGCAUCUUGGAGUCUCCGACGGGCACUGGCAAAACACUGUGCCUGCUGUGCUCUUCCCUGGCAUGGCUGGAGACGGCCAAGGCCAAGUAUGCCGCCAUGAGGCAAGGCGCUGCUGAGACCGCCCCCGCCCUCAACAUGCAGCUGGCAGGGGCCACGGGUUCCUCAUGGACGGGGGACAGGCUAGCACCUCCAAAGAUCAUUUACUCAUCACGCACACACUCCCAGCUCAGCCAGGCCAUCAGUGAAUUCAAGAGAACAAAAUAUAAGUACAUGAAGAUGGCUGUGAUUGGCUCGCGGGACCAAAUGUGUGUGCACCCAGAGGUCAGCAAGGAGACCAACAACAACACCAAGGUCCAGAUGUGCCAGAUAAAGGUCAAGUCCAAGCACUGCCACUACUACAACCAGGUUGAUGCGAAGAAGGAUGACCCAGAGCUGAGGAAAGACGUUCUUGACAUAGAGGACCUGGUGGCCAUGGGGAAGAAGAGGUCGUUCUGUCCCUACUACAUGACCAAGGAGCUUAAGAGAGACGCCGACAUCAUUUUCAUGCCCUACAACUAUCUCCUUGACCCCAAGACGCGCAAGGCCAAUGGGGUGGAGCUGGCGGGCAACAUCGUGAUCUUUGACGAGGCUCACAAUGUUGAGAAGAUGUGUGAGGAAGCCGCGUCACAACAGUUUGGCUCAACAGACCUGGCACUCUGCAUAGAUGAAGUGACGCAGGUCAUGAAGAAGAAUCAUGAGAAUGCAGAAUCUGAAUACGUCGCUGCAAACUCCAGCCAGGGCAUGGCAGACGACUUCUCCCCCGAUGACCUCUACACCUUGAAAGCUCUUUUCCUGGAACUUGAAAAGGCUAUUGACACCAUCACUGUGCCUGCUGGUGGCACUGGAGCAAUGUUUCCCGGCAGCUACAUGUUUGAGCUCCUGGGGAAGGCAGACAUCACUCCCACCAAGAAAAGUGUCAUCAUUGAACUUCUUGAUAAAUUGAUUCAGUUCCUGACGGUCAACAGCUCCUCGCCAUACCAGAGGAAGGGCGUGGGUCUGCAGAAGUUCCUGGACCUCAUCAACACAGUGUUCAGCAGAGACUUCUACUCGCCCGAACAGAUGGAACUAGUGAAGAGGAGCUACAAGGUUUAUGUGAGUAUAGAGGAGCCCAAGAAGAAGAUGGGUGGCCUGAAGGAUGGCUGGAACACCCCAAACACCAACACCCUCUCCUCCAAGACCGGCCGGCUCAUCUCCUACUGGUGCUUUCAUCCGGGCUUUGGGAUGCAGUACUUGGUCGAGGAAGGCUCCAAGUGUGUCAUCCUCACCAGCGGCACACUCAGUCCUCUCAGCUCCUUCGCCUCAGAGCUUCAGGUGCCAUUCCCAGUCCAGCUUGAAAACCCACACAUCAUCAAGAAGAACCAGGUGUGGGUGGGAGCCAUCUGCAACGGGCCGGACGGGUUCAGCCUCAAUUCCUCCUUCAAAAACAGAUCUGACCCCCGGUACAAAAGAUCGCUGGGCCAGACAAUCCUCAACCUGUCACGAGUCAUCCCGGACGGCCUCCUGGUCUUCUUCCCUUCCUACACCGUCAUGAGGGACUGCCAGGAGGAGUGGCAGAACUCGGGGGUGUGGAGCAAACUGUCGGAGAGGAAGCCCAUAUUUGUGGAGCCCAAGAUCAAGGACGAGUUCCUGACAGCAAUGCAGGAAUAUUACGAGAGAAUCAAAGAUCCAGCCUUCAGCGGGGCCUGUUUCAUGGCCGUGUGCCGAGGGAAGGUCUCGGAAGGACUGGACUUCGCAGACCGCAAUGGCCGGGCUGUAAUAAUAACAGGGCUGCCGUACCCUCCCCUCAAGGACCCCAGGGUGAUGCUCAAGCAGAAGUACCUGGAUGAGGCUCGCUUGAGACGUAAACAUGGACUGACUGGCCAGACGUGGUACAGCUUGGAGGCGUCACGGGCAGUCAACCAAGCCGUGGGCCGAGUCAUCCGCCACAAGGACGAUUAUGGAGCCGUCAUUCUCUGCGACAGCCGGUUUGCCGAGAACCAUUUCAAGACCCAGCUGUCAGCGUGGAUUCGUCCAUUCAUCAUGAACUACAACAAGUUUGGUCCAGUCAUGAAGGACAUCACACAGUUCUUCAGGCAGGCCCUCACGAUGCUGCCUCAACCCAAGUAUGAUGGCGUGGACAGACCACCUGCUCCAACUAGCCAAUUCAAGGACUCCACUCCAUUUACGUCUGACCCUGCUGGUGCUCAAGGCCUUCAAGCAGUGGACUCCCGACCCGCCACCUCCAGGAGCAUGUCAAAGAGACCCAGCGAAUCUCAGGAUACCGAAGACAACAGCUCAGAAUACAAGUCAUACCUGAAGUACCCCAAAGAAGACCCUGCCAAAAGUGCCGCCAAGAGCGACAAAUCAUUAUUCUCGCUCCUGGAUCAUCAAGUGGAGGCCAAGGUUUCAGAAUUCAGCUUCUCCGCCCCUCCACCUGUACCUGACUAUCACGAUAUCCAGCAGAACAAGAAAAGACGAAGGAUUAAGAUCAUCCCGAGGGUAGAGUCAGCACCAGUCAGUAAUGGGGAUGCUGAUAAUGCCUCUGAAGAUGUAUUGAAGCCUGAGAAUGCUGCAGAAGGUGUCUCAUCAUGUUCCGGUGAAGCAGAAAGGCUGUGCAGAGAGACAUCAAGCAGUGAAGGAGGUGUCUCAAAGCAUAUCCUGAAGCCUUUGAAUGCUCCUGAAGUUCUCUCGUCAGGUUUCAGGGAAGAGGAUCGAGAGGAGCUGUGUCACCCAAUGGACCCUGAAGACAUUGCCAAGAAAGCUGCUGAUGAUAAAAUAAAUGACAAGAAAAAGAAAAUGAAGGCUAUUGGGGCAUACAUUAUGGAGGUGAAAGCUGUGGUUCCUAGGGAGAAGUAUGUUGUGUUUGCAUCAGCCAUCAAGACUUUCAAGAGCACCAACGAUUUUGAGACACUGAUGACGGUGUUCCCAACCGUCUUCAACAACACUCCACAGCACCAGGCACUCAUUGCAAAGUUUCAGAUUUUCCUGAAGAAGGAGGACAAAAUAAAGUUCCAGGCUUCCCUCGCUGAAAUGGCACAAAGCUGACCAAAGUAAAGUCUAGUCUUUCCAUGGAAGGAAUUUUGCACACUGUGAUACUACUUCAUGGCUGCAUUUUUUAAAGUAUUUUUUAAUUUAAGUUUUAUAGUAAAUGAACUGUGAAGCAAAGUGCAAAAGCUAACACUUGUCUAUCGGUGAGUCUAAAUAAAGAGUUGGAGGGAACACAUUCAGGUUUUAUAACUU